UCGGUUACGGUUACUAUAGGUCUUCGGUAACAGUCGUCGAUUAUCACACUCAAACGGUUGCUUUUUCCACAUUUGUUUUGUUGAUAAUAAUUCGCUUUAUCGAUUUACGAAUUACGAACGGUGAGCCCCACAGACGUCCGGACACACCAAUUUAUUCACCACCACUAAUUGGUUACGAUUUGAAAUAAUACGCGAGUCGUCGAACACAGCUGCAGUUUCCGAGACAUGGCUGCGUCUCUGAAACGUCUCGAGGACGAGAUCGCGGACGACGAGAAUACGUCUGAGGAGAAUGAACCCGAAUCCGAAUCGCCAGAAGAUCCUCACUCAUCUGCUGCUUCUGCCUCAACCACAAAGUCUGACGAUGAAGAAAAGAAAACGCCCGUACCAAAAAAGAAAUCUACUUCGAAGAAAUCCAAGAAAAAUGCCGAAUUGCCAGAAGAUGCAUAUGUGUCUGACGCUUCUGCCUUGCCAACAAGCUCUAACGUUGAGAAGAACUCAACGCCAGGAAUCAAACUGAAAUCUAUCUUGAAAAAAUCCAAGAAAAAUGAUGACAAGUCUAAAAGCGAAUAUAACGAGUGUCCUGUAUGUUUGGGACCAGCUGUGUUCCCUGUUCGUACUCCAUGCGGUCAUGUAUUUUGUUUCUUGUGUGUGAAAGGAGCGGCACGGCAAGCUAACAGGUGUCCAAUGUGUCGUCAGCAUAUACCUAUUGAUUUUGACAAAAAUCCUAUUAUUCUUGAACGUCAAGAAGUAGAAACACUUGAAGAUGGUUACCAAUGGUUUUAUGAAGGCAAAAACGGCUGGUGGCAAUAUGAGAAGAGAACUUCUGAUGAAAUUGAACAACACUACAAACUCAAUGUACUAAAAUUUGAUGUACUUAUUUGUGGCACAAUGUAUACAAUUGAUCUCGACCGAUGUGUGCAAUAUAACAGGGAUAAUCCAUACAGGAGAAGAAAAGUGAAAAGAGAAAAUGCCAAUAACAUUGCUGUUAAAGGUGUUGCUGGUGUUCAUUAAUUUCACGUAUUUUCUCAUUUAUAUUUACAUAUUAUAUUUAUUGUUCUUUAUUCAUACAU